AUGGGCGACGAACUGGACGACGGGCUGCUGCUCGAAGGCGAUGUAGCGUACACAGACGAUGCCACGCCGUCAGGUAACAAGCGCGGGCACGCUGAGGACGUGUCUGAGUCGAAAAAACGCAAGCGGCGGGAAAAGCGGCACAAGAAAUCUGCCGUGUACCACGCGAAUGUAGCGGCGGAAAAGAGCAUCACGGCGCAGUCCGCCGAGAUGCAGGCCGAUUUUCUAGCCGCGCAAUUUCGCAAGACAUUUCCCAAACUCAGCGCACUAGAAGUGCAGGAUACGCUAGUUCCAGCCUCUGCUGUAAAAGAGACGUUUACAUUCGACGCGCCGCGCACGCUUGAGCAUAUGGCCGACUAUCUAGCGCAAUCAGAUGCCUCCAAACCGUGGAUGAAAGAGCACGGCGCGCCGUGCAUUCUAGUGGUGUCUGGCAACGCGCAACGCGCUGCAGGCAUUGCUCGCACACUCCGCGCACUCUUGCCCCACGAGCAAGCAAAAAAAAGCGAUGCGCCGACGGUAGCCAAGCUGUUUGCGCGCCACUUUAAGGUCGACGAGCAUGUCGCACUACUGCAAUCCCACGCCACGCCUCUCGCAGUCGGCACUCCCCACCGCCUCCAGCAGCUGUUGGACCGCGGCGCGCUGCAGAUCGCCCACACGUGUGCAGUCGUGCUCGACCAUUCCUGGACCGACGCCAAGUCACGCACCAUAUUUGACACGCCCGAAACGCGCGACGCUCUCAUCCACCUCCUGGGCCACUCCCCGCUGCGCGAUGCAUUCCGCCGUGCGCAACCAUGCCGCCUGCUCCUUUUCUAA